CAUCGCCAGCCUCUUUGCACGUCGUCGCCACACUCCUUCGAACGCCUCGGUACACGCCGUCGCCGCAGCCGCAGCCGCAGCCGCAGCCCGGUCCUGGAGACGUGUCACACUCGGACCGUCACCGCUUCUCCAGCCUGCAGCCGUCCAGCCGCCGUCCAGCCGCCGUCCAGCCGUCCACACCAUCUCUGCGAUCCCGUCCUCUGCCGUCUCCGCGUCCGCCUCCGCGUUGGUGGCUGCUGUUCCUGUUCCUGCUAGUUUCUGCUGGCAUUGCAGUGAGGUUGCUCUUUGCAUUCACCCCCCGCUCCUUGGGCCUGAGCUCCUCUGUCUCGUCCACUCGUUUUCCCAACAAUCUGCCCGAGCCCUGGCUGCUUGGCUCCGGCCCUCAUUUUCUGCAUUCGCCUUAUACGCUGCCCGACCCCUAAUUUAUAUAAAGGCUCAUCUCGAGCCCAACUCGUCGCCAUCAUGUCGUCGAGAUACUCUUUGCGCCAGACACCCAGAAAGAAGGAACUCUUCGAGGGCAUGGUAGAAACCCCUGGUCCGACUCGUCGCUCAAAUCGUCGCCAAUCAUCUGUCCCAUCCGAGCUUUCAGACCCCGACAACGACUCCAGUGCCGCUGAGAGCACCGCUCGCGCUCGUCCUGUCCGCCGUCGCACCGGAAAGUUCAUCGAAGACCUCUCCGAGGACGACAACGACACCAUGGCUCCCACCAGCCGCCUCACCAAUGGCCACACCAACGGCCACACCAACGGCCACACCAACGGCCACACCAACGGUCACGUCAGUGGUAACGGUAACGGCCACACCAACGGUUUUUCCACCCCCGUCAAGGCCACCGAAACCAAGGCAGAGUCCAAUGAGGACCACGUCGUUGACGGCUGGAGGCCCGGUCAGGAUCCGAAGAUCGACUACUCGGGAGAAUUCGAGUUUGGUGGCUCUAUCGGCACCCUCGCCAUGAUGACCCUGUUCCCUGUCCUCAUGUGGUACAUGUGGAUUGGAGCGACCUACUACGACGGCAAAUUCCCCUCCCGGGCCCCCGGUCAGUCUUGGGCCGACUUUGGUGCUCACCUCGUCAACCUCGUCUACACCGGCGCGUUCCCUCACGCCCGCGCCUGGGCCUGGUACUGGGUCUAUCUCGUUUACGCGGGUGCUUGCUACUGCCUCCUCCCCGGUGUCUGGGGUAAGGGCAAGCCUCUGCCUCAUAUGGAUGACAAGCAGUUGCCCUACUUCUGCAAUGCCUACGUCAGCCUUUAUGUUACCCUUGUUGUCCUCGCUGGUCUGCACUUCUCGGGUGCUUGGCCCCUGUAUACUGUCCUCGAUGAGUUUGGCCCCCUGCUGUCCGUCGCUAUCUUGAGUGGUUUCAUCGUCAGCUUUGUCGCCUACUUCUCUGCGCUUUGGCGUGGAAAGCAGCACCGCAUGACUGGCUACCCCAUCUACGACUUCUUCAUGGGUGCUGAGCUGAACCCCCGCAUGUUUGGCAUCCUGGACUUCAAGAUGUUCUUCGAGGUCCGCAUGCCCUGGUACAUUCUUCUUAUCCUGAGCCUUGGCACUGCUGCCCGCCAGUACGAGAACUAUGGCUACGUCUCCGGCGAAGUCUGGUUCCUUGUCAUGGCCCACUUCCUUUACGCCAACGCUUGCGCCAAGGGCGAGGAGCUCAUCAUUACUACUUGGGACAUGUACUACGAGAAGUGGGGUUUCAUGCUCAUCUUCUGGAACCUAGCUGGUGUUCCUCUGUCCUACUGCCACUGCACCAUCUACCUCGCCAACCACGCCCCUGAGGAGUACCGCUGGAACAAAUGGGGUCUUACGGCCCUCUUCGCCGCCUACCUCUUCUGGUACUGGGUCUGGGACACGUGCAACAGCCAGAAGAACCGCUUCCGUGCCAUGGAGAAGGGCAAUCUCAUUUAUCGCAAGACCUUUCCCCAGCUUCCCUGGCAGACAGUCCACAACCCCAAGACGAUUGUGACCCCUCAGGGAGUCAUCCUCGUCGAUGGUUGGUAUGGCCUUGCCCGGAAGAUUCACUACACGGCCGACGCCUGGUUUGCCAUCUCUUGGGGUCUGAUUACCGGCUUCCAGAGCCCCUUCCCCUGGUUCUACCCCUUCUUCUUCUGCUGCAUGAUUGCGCACCGCGCCAUUCGAGACAUCACCCGCUGCCGCAAGAAGUACGGUGAGGGCUGGUUGGAGUAUGAGCGAAGAGUGCCCUACCUCUUCAUCCCUUACGUCAUCUAAGGGAAUCUACCCUAAACCGAGGGCUUGUCUCAAUUCUUUAUCUCAACGACAAGUCCUCGGUCCUUCGUUUGUACAUAUCAGCUCUCACGCUGUUAAACGGCAAAGCGUAGAGGAGAAAAUGCUCUGUUUGUGAAUCAAGGGGUAAUUAAAAGUGCAUGGGGAACGGCGGUCGAGGUCCACGAAACGAAGGAAAUAAUAAUGCAUGAUGCUUGAGAGCAAAGAGGUGGGAAUGUUGUAAUUGCGGAAUUUAAACGCCUUCUAAUAUUAUAUACAUUGCCUGCGAGAAGCAGGUAACUAUGUUUUGUAAUACCCGCUUAACUAUUCGUUCUAAUACCUGCUGAAAGAUCCCACGGAGUAAAUGCAUGC